AUGCCUUCCAAAGCCAAAAGACCACGCAUCGCAGGUUCGCAGGCCACAGCCAACCCUGGCACGGGCGACAACCCUGGACCGAGGACGGAGGACAUGACUAAGAAGAAGAAGGCCCCCUCGGAGUUUAUCACAAAACACAAGGGCAAAGGCGUUGGCUCACAAGCCAGCUUCAGCCUGCUGGCAUACACCGACAUGAUCCUUAGCAAGGCGAAUACCAAAUUCCAACCCCCUAAGGUUAAGCUCGAAGUUCCGCCCUUAGAUGGUACUCAUUCCAGCUAUUGGAGCUUGAGCGAUCACCAAGCAACUAGCACGCUGAAUAACUGCAUCAACCUCUGCGCGUCAUAUAAUGAAAUCAAUGAGACAAAGAGUACUGGAAAAAUGUUUGUUCUUCGGUUUGCUGGAGGAAUGGAUUCGUCAAUGAUGAUUGGCCAGGCCAAUGUUUUGGGUACGCAGGGAACAAUAACUCGUACAGCGGGGGUUUAA